AGUAUAGAGCCAAAUUAAAAGUUUUAGCUUCACUGUCCAAAUAAAUAUGUAGGGGAGUGUACACCUAGCUGGUGAUUAACCAGUAGCUGGCAAACUGUACAUGACAGACAUUUAGCCUUUUGAAUUGGCAUGUGGCACAGAAGGACACGUACCCAUGGCUGGCCAUAUGCAGUAUCAAAAGGACCACGGCUACUUAACAGCCUGUGCUCAUCCAACAAAGUCUAUUCGCUUUCCUAUCGUUGCAUCUUACAGAACAACUAAUUAUUCUAUUGAAUGCACUGAUUGCAAAACAUUUUCAGUGUGCAAAUCAUCCUUCUGUCUGCUACUAUUCACAUUUUACUCAUAGAGCCUUCCUUAUCUCUGCUACUAUUCUUUAGUACUCUUGGUAUGCCCUUGAAUAUAGGCCAGGAGCUGUGGGAGAAAUGGCCACCUGUCAUGUUAGAACUGGUGCCUGAAAAGUACAACAAGAAUUUCCCCCGCUUCUAUAAGGUCUCAAUGAUCCUACCACUCUGACAAUCUGGCCAACAGCACAACUGUUUCAACACUAAACACUUUCUGUCCCAAGUCCCAAGGUUGAAACGGCUGCAGCUGUGACUUAUUCCAAUAACAAAAUGUCUCAAAAAGCAUGAUGAAAUUGGCGUGAGGAAUGGGAUAAACGCAUGCUCGGAGUACUUGGCAGAAUGGAAGGGGGGUUUGUGAUAAGAUGAGGCAUGAAGGGGCAGGAGCGUUUGGAAAGGGGGCAGGGCAGGGUGGAGGGAUAGCAGUUGAGAUAAAAGUAUAAAUGUAGCAAAUCGCAGAGUGCACAUCUCCAGUCUGAUGAAUGAAGACUUGUCUCCGCAGCACAAUGAUUGGCCUGAUUGUACUCACACUCCUGGGGGCUGCAGUGGCAGCUCCUAUGGAUGACAGGAUCGUGGGGGGUUAUGAGUGUGAGGCUCACUCCCAGCCUUGGCAAGCCUCUCUUAACAUUGGCUACCACUUCUGUGGCGGCUCCCUCAUAAACGACCAGUGGAUCAUCUCUGCCGCCCACUGCUGGAUGAAUCCUUGGAGUCAGCUUGCCAUCCUGGGUGACCACCACAUCUGGAAGCACGAGGGUACGGAGCAGUACAUGUCUGUGGACGCCAUCUACUGGCACCAGAGCUACAACUACCAGACCCUGGACCACGACAUUAUGCUGUUGAAGCUGGCCCACCCUGUCACUCUCAAUGAGUUUGUCAAGCCCAUCGCCCUGCCCACGGCCUGCCCCAAGGCUGGGGACAUGUGUGUGGUGUCUGGAUGGGGAAACAUCUACACCGACUCUGUGUUCAACCCAUUUAACCUGCAGUGUGUGGACAUCCCCAUCCUGUCUAAUAAGGACUGUGAGGGGUCCUACCCUGGCCAAAUCACUGAUACCAUGGUGUGUGCCGGAUACCUGGAGGGAGGCAAGGACUCCUGUCAGGGUGACUCUGGCGGUCCCCUGGUGUGUAACGGAGAGCUGCAUGGCAUCGUGUCCUGGGGUGUUGGCUGUGCCCAGCCCAACUACCCUGGUGUCUACACCAAGGUCUGUGCCCUGCUGCCCUGGAUCCAAGAGACCAUCACCAACUACUAGCCUGUGCCCUCCCCACCAGAGUAGAGAGAAAGAGAGAGGGAGAGAGAGAGAGAGAAGAAGAUUAAGUAGAGAGAGAUAGAAGGCUGAUGUUGAUACAUGCAGGAAGACAAAGGGACAUCUAGUCAAUAAAAUGACAUCUUUCACUUCAGA